CACCCAAACAUCGCCAUCACCUCCGCACCAUUCGACUCUGCAGUUGACCCACCCAGACACCCUGCAACGCUGAUUUCCCUUGCACGUUCACCUUGAAGAUCCUACGCCCACGAUUCCGCAAACAUCUCCACGUAGAACCCAAACACACCAAAUGGAACCCCAUAACAAUCACCUCCGUGCUGUCCGCCCACCUCCAGGAUCACGUCGCAACCUCUUCCAGUCGACUCGGCGUCAAAACCCCACCACGGUACGGCCAGAUAAAGAAAUAGCGGGCAUAUUCCAGCAACCACAAGAGGACGAACUUGUCGAGCGAACAGCACAGGGAGAGUACAAGAUGUAUGCGCCACAAAUGGGAUAUACGCACAUGGCACUGAACUUGGGAAGAGAGGGCGACGAGGAAGCUGAACAAGAGCAGCAAGUGAUCGAUCUCUACGGCAAAUCGACUGCUCACUGGGACGCAGCGGCCAUCGAGGAAGAGAUCAAGAUCGCGCUCAAGUCUAGUCUGCGGAAGAAGGUGGCGAGUGUUGAGGAGGACAAGUGGAUGUUUCAGGGGGAGUCAGAUUUGGGGAAGAAGUGAGGAACAUGGCAAGUCGUUCGUUUGGAGAGGACGAGAUGUUGAUUUGGCAUUCAGUUUGAAUUUAUGAUACCCCCUUCGCGCGAGGUGUUUGUUGCCGGCAGGUCAAGGCGAGUAACAUGACAUCUACACUACUGCUAGCGUCUCUGAAAGCAUACUUCGUUUAACACCAACCCUAGUAUAUGAGGCACCUCUUCUAUCCUGUUUCAAUCUCAGUUUCAACCCGUUUACUGUUUGAAUGGCUUCGCGUGCAUAUACGAUCUUCUGGCGAUAUAUAACGUGAAGGAGCACCUCACUGUUUCGGUCUAUCAUGUUUGAUAGUUCUGGUAGUUCUGUACGUAGCAUGUAUAUAUAUAUGGCAUAGACCCAAUGAACG